AUGGCCGGCAUGCCUGUCAUGAACCCUUGGGAACAAUCUGCCCUUCAGUAUCACUUCGAUGCGGAUGGCCACGCAACUUCCGAGACAACAGAACUGGAAGCAAUAGCUGUUGCCCCCAAAAACAAUGUUCACGAUGCCAUUAUCUACCCUGGCCUGUAUGCCCCUAGCGGGUACGACAUGAUGAACAUCCUUAUUCGAGUCAUGUCCAGGGCGAACCCAACCGUUGAACUUGGUGCCAUUGACGCUUCUUGCGCUCUUAUUCUUUGCGACCUCCAACAACCAGAUUACCCCGUGGUUUACGCCAACGAUUCCUUCACCUACAUGACUGGCUAUACCCAGCGGGAGAUUAUUGGCCGAAACUGUCGCUUUCUUCAAGCGCCUGGUGGAAAGGUGCGAAGUGGGUCAUCACGCAAACAUGUUGACAAGGAGCUUGUCAAACAGAUGCGUCGCGCCGUAGACGGCAACCAGGAGCUGGCGGUCGAGGUGGUCAACUUCAAGAAGAACGGUCAACCGUUCACCAAUCUACUAGCCAUGAUUCCCAUUUGCUGGGAUAGUGCCGAGCCUCGAUUUUCCGUCGGCUUCCAAGCCGAGAAGACUUGGUAA